AUGAAUUUUUUAGGACUUUUGUCUUUAGUUUUAGUAGUCUAUUGUACAUCAGCUACAGUGCCAUCAAUAAAGUUGAACACUGGCUAUCAGAUGCCUCAGCUUGGUUUGGGCACCUGGCAAGCAAAAGGUGAUCCCGUAAAACAAGCAGUAAAGGAUGCACUGGAGAUUGGUUACCGACACAUCGAUACGGCAUUUAUUUAUGGCAACGAAAAAGAGGUCGGAGACGGCAUUUGGGAACAGAUUAACAAAGGACUUCUUAAACGAGAAGACUUGUUCAUCACAACAAAGGUUUGGCCGGAAGGAAGCAAUCGGGAGAAGGCAUUGGCUUCGGUUAAAAACUCACUCAAGUUAUUGAAUGUUACGUAUCUGGACUUAGUUUUAAUUCAUUGGCCCGUCGGUGACAUCAAUAGUAUCUAUCAGGGACUGGAAGAUGCGUUCAAUCAGAAAUUGGUCCGAUCGAUAGGUAUAUCCAACUUUAAUCAGACCAAUAUCGACAACUUGUUGAAGACGGCAAAAGUAGUUCCGGCAAACAAUCAAAUCAAUAUCCAUCCGACACUCAAUCAGGACGAGACUGUUGCCUAUUGUAAUAAAUUAGGUAUCGCUGUCACCGGUUACUCACCACUGGGUACCGGAUCUAUGAUUAAGAACCCGAUCCUAACAUCAAUCGGUGCCAAACAUAACAAGACAGCGUCACAGGUGGCCAUCAGAUGGCAAAUCGACAGAAAUUUAAUAACAAUACCAAAGAGUGUAAACAAAAAAUAUAUUAAAGAAGACUUUGAAGUGUUUGACUUUAAACUAACCGCAGAUGAGAUCAAAACUAUUCAUAAUAUGAAAGCUUAA